AUGCCAACGGAAUUAGAGGAAUUAGUAGGAUUUUUGCAUUCACCACAACCAGCAGUAGUCCAAAUAGCAUUAGAUAAUUUAGUACAAUUUUCAACGGGGCCUAAUCAAAGUAUUUUCUCAUAUGAUAAUUAUGAAGCUAUAAAAGAUUUAAAAAAAUUAAGUAAAAGUGAUAGUAAAACUUUAGUAAAUCAGUCAGUUACUAUAUUGGCGAAUUUAUGUGAAGAUGUUAUAAUAAGAAAUUUGAUAGUGGAGGAUUAUGAAUAUUUGAAAUUAUUAGUAUCAAGAAUUGUAAAUAUCAAAAAUACAAAUGCUGAUAUAAUGUGUAUAUUAUUAAACAACUUGGCAAAAAAUGACUCAAUUAAUAAUAUACUAGAUGUAAAAAUAGAGUUGAACGAAGAAGAAAGAAAAACAUUCACAUCAUCAAAAGUUAUAGAUUGUUUAAUGGAUUGUUUUGUAAAGGGAAAUGAUCAAAAAUUAAAUCCGUAUGCUAAUUUCGAUUAUUUAGCAUAUUUCUUUGCAGAUUUAUCAAGAUUUCAACAAGGUAGAUCAUAUUUUAUAACAGAACAAUCUUAUGACAAUGUAGUUCCCAUAUCCAAACUUUUAGUAUUUACAGAAAAAUAUGAUGAUAAAAUAAGAAGAGAAGGUGUUGCAUCAACUAUAAAAAAUUCAUUAUUUGAUACAAAUGCUCAUAUGAAAUUAUUAACUGAUCCAAAAAUUAAUAUUUUACCAUUUAUACUAUUACCAUUGGCAGGUCCUGAAGAAAUAGAUGAAGAUGAAAUGUUUGAUUUACCUGAUGAAUUACAAUUAUUACCACCUGAUAAACAAAGAGAACCAUUAAGUGGGAUACAAUGUAUUCACUUAGAGUCAUUAUUAUUGUUAUGUACUACUAAACCAGCAAGGGAAUAUUUAAGAGAGAAAAGAGUUUACUCAAUAGUUAGAGAAUUACAUAAAGUUAGUAAUGUUGAAGAAGUAACUGAUUUAUGUGAUAGAGUUGUUCAAAUGUUACAAAGAGAUGAAGCACCAGAUGCUGCUGAAAUAGAAGAAUUAGAAAGUGAUGAAGAUGAUGAUAAAAUUGUUGAAAUUGUAUAG